UAAAAUGAUAUUCUGACGCAUUUAACGUGAACAAUCGUCAUGUAUGAAGUUCAAUACUCUGAUUAUUAUUUUUUCUCCUUCUACAUAAUUCUCCAAAUAAAACAAACAUAAUAGCUACAAUAGUGAGCUUGUGCUAAGUAUAUAUGGGUCGGCAACUUCCAAAAUUGGUUAGUUUAACGACAAAAGAAAUUUAGAGGAAACAAAUUCUUUUACUUGGAGAAAAUGAAACUCCUUUUUACUGCUCUGCUGGUCACCUUCGCACUCUUUUCCCAACUGUCUUCGUCGUUAUCGAUACCAAAUCCGUCGGAUUUAGGAGAUCAUGAAAUAAAUGAAAAAACGAGAAUUUCUGUCAAAUGUGGGCAUGAUAAUGGAAAAGACACGGCUUUGGAUACCAAAAAACAUACAACUGAAGGACAUGGAACUGCUGAAGAUAAAAAUGAAUCUGCUGAAGACAAAAAGGAAACUGUUAGAUUGGCAAAAGACUACGAUCGAUACGUAGCGGAAAUGAUGGUGAGGAUGAAAAGUGAUCCCAACUGUUGUGUUUAUCAUUUAAUGGGUUCAAAAAAUAUGCUGCGAUAAACAGAAAUUUGUUCUUAAAAUAAAUUGGUUAUUUCGGCCUUCCCUCAAAAAUGUAUGUGUAGACUGUAGAUUGUAGAUAGGCCGGGCCUCAAUGGCCUUCAUGCAAUUUCAUGCCUGCAUUUCAAGUGAUGUUGUUGUAAAAAUAAAUACGUUAUCAACUAA